AACAGUAAUAUUUAAUAAACAAAAACAUUUUACACUUUGGACAAAACGUAUUUAUUGUUAUAUUUUUUAAAAAUGACUGAUCAAGGGAAUUAUUUAUCUCACAAACGUGAAGAUUUUAAAAAAUAUUUAAAUGAAUUUGGCGUUAUUGAUGCUUUAACCAAUGUAUUAGCAGAUCUUUAUGGAUUGGAAAUAAGACCAACAAAUCCGUUGGAUUAUAUUCGCACUCAUAUGACAAAAAUUGUUAAGGAAAGAGAAGAACUGAAAAUACUUAAGGCCAACUAUGAAAGUUUAGUUAGUCAAAUUCGAGAAAUAGAAGAAGAGAAUAUGAAACUAGCAAAGACAAUUAAAGAGUUAGAAAACUAUGAGAAUGAGUUGAGCAAAUCUAAGAUAGAAGAAACUGAUGAAAAUAACAUUGGAACAGAAUAAUGAAAUAACUAUCGUGAAUAUUUUUUUGGAUUAACUGUAAUAAUAAAAAAUGUAAUUGUUGAGCUAUCAUA